AUGCAUCACAUCAAAUUAGACACAAGAGUACAAUACCUCGACUUCGUCAAGCCAUGGACUCAACUUACUGACUAAGAAAGAAACUAUGCUUACUACAUCUACAAAGCCUCAUGGGCAGGUGCUCUCAUGGUUCCUCAUUAAAUCUCUUAUGAGGCUCCAGCAUUGUUCACUCUUUUCCAAGCCUAUUUCUAGCAGAAGGAUCUUCUUGCCUUGGAGGAAGCUGCUGCUACUCAUGGAGUUACCCAAGAGGAAUGGUAGAAGUUCGUAGCAUACGUGGGAGGGUUUUACGGAAACAUGAGUAACUAUCACUCAUUUGGAGACAUGAAAUUCGUCCCAGAGAUUCCUUAAGAGAAAUUCAGAGCUAUUUUGUACUCAAAUCCUUUGUACUCCGAUGCCACUUCUUUCUACGCUGAACUCUUGGACAGAGUCUACCCACUAGUAGAAAGAGAAAUCUUCGCUCUUGAAAAGCCUUUUACUACUCUCAAUUACCCAGAGAAAGGGGGCAUCACUGCUUAUUUCUCAUCUAAUAUGGUCAUGGCAGAUCUUGAUCUCGUGAGAGAAUUUUUGGCUGAUCAAAAGAUCAACCCACUCAACACAAGAGCUUUCAAGAGAGAUGAUGGCACUUACUUGAUCACUGUCGGAAGUAUCAACACUGGAGAGAGAGAAGUGACCUUUAAGGACAAGUAGUUCACAGUAUAGCACGGAGAGUUCUCAAAAUACCUUGAGGAAUGCAACUAAUAUCUAGAAUAGGCUAAGCUCUAUGCAGCAAACGACUUACAGAGAGAAAUGAUUGAACUUUACAUUGAGCACUUUAAAACAGGAGACAUCGAGACUCACAAAGAAUCUCAGAGAAGAUGGAUUAAGGAUAAGGGUCCAGUUGUCGAAUGCAACAUGGGCUGGAUCGAGGUCUACAUCGACCCUGAAAAUAUCAGAGCUUAUUUCGAAGGAUGGGUUGCAGUUGUGGACAAGCAGAAGUCCUUGAAGUUCUAGAAGCUUGUGGAGAAUUCUGAAUAAAUAAUCCCACUACUUCCCUGGCCAAAGGAAAUGGAGAAAGACAGUUUCCUCGCUCCAGAUUUCACCACUCUUGAUAUCAUUGCUUUUGCUACAAACAGCUGCCCACUUGGAAUCAACAUUCCAAAUUACGAUGAUAUAAGAGACAAUGAAGGAUUCAAGAAUGUUUUCCUUAAUAACUCAAUGCCAAGCUAUGCCAUUUCAGCUAUGUAAUUCGCCACUGAAGAGCAAACAAAAGUUUUGGUUGAUAAUACUACUAAAUGCUAUGAAGUGCAUGUUGCUUGCCACGAACUGCUAGGCCAUGGAGUAGGCAAACUUAUUUACAGAUCUGAGAACAUCCCUGAGUUUGUAGAUCCAGUUACUGGCGAAAAAUUCACUUCAUGCUAUGAAGAAGGCGAGGACUGGAAUGGAAAGUUUGGUUCAAUCUCUACUAGUUACGAAGAAUGCAGAGCAGACACCUGUGGGUUCUAUCUUUGCACUCUCCCAGAAGUUUACACCUUAUUUGGGUUUGAAGACCAUGAAGUCGACACUGUUCUUUGGGUCAACGUUAUGAAUCAAUUCAGAAAGGGUAUCUUAGGCCUCCAAUUAUUCAAUGUCGAGACAAACAAAUGGGGUCAAGCUCACACCUGGGGUGCUUAUGUAUUCUCUCAGUAUAUCUACCAAAACCAAAAAUCAAAGAUUGUUGAUUUUGAAAUUGUAGAUGCCAAUAACUUCUACAUUCACUUGGACAAAGAACUCCUUGCUAAGGAAGGCAAAGAAUUGAUUAGAGAGUUCCUCAUGAUUCUGCAAACUUAUAAGAGCUCUGGAGCAAUUGACAGAGCUGAAAAGUUCUGGCAGCGAUACAGUAUUGUUGAUGGUAUUUUCUUAAAGAUCAGAGACAUUGUUAUUGAGAAAAAGAAGCCUAGAAGAAUUGAAUUGAAUGCUAAUCUUGUCAGAAAUGACGAGAAUGACAUUUAAGUUGUCAACUACUCUGAAACUUUUGAAUAAAUCAUCCAUUCAUACGCUCAAAGAUACCCAACAACUAAGGAGUUCUUAUUUGGAAUUGUAUCUGAAUGGGAUAGAACUAGAGAAUUCUUGAGAGUCAAGCAAUGA